GUUGGCGCCUGCGCAGUGAGACCACGCCUGGAGCCGGCGCGGUCUAGGGGCGGGGCUUCAGGCGGAGAGGGAGGGAAAAGAAAAGAAUCCGACUGGGAGUGGAGCUGGCUUCUACGGUGGCCGGAGAGGGACGCACCGGGCCGGAGGCUGCAGGAUGAUGCGAUUCAUGCUACUGUUCAGCCGGCAGGGAAAACUUCGGCUACAAAAAUGGUACCUGGCCACCUCAGACAAGGAGAGGAAGAAAAUGGUCCGAGAGCUCAUGCAGGUCGUUCUGGCUCGAAAGCCCAAAAUGUGCAGCUUCCUGGAGUGGAGGGACCUCAAAGUUGUCUAUAAGAGAUAUGCCAGUCUCUAUUUCUGCUGCGCCAUCGAAGGCCAAGACAAUGAGCUGAUCACCCUGGAGCUGAUCCACCGAUACGUAGAGCUCUUGGACAAGUACUUCGGCAGCGUAUGCGAGUUGGACAUCAUCUUCAACUUUGAGAAAGCGUACUUCAUCCUGGAUGAGUUUCUGAUGGGCGGGGACGUCCAGGACACAUCCAAGAAGAGUGUCCUCAAGGCUAUCGAGCAGGCUGACCUGCUGCAGGAGGUACGAGCCAGGGACAGUGAGGAGGAGGAGGAGGAGGAGGACUACUGUGUCCGAGGGGAUUCCCCACCCCUCGCACAUCCUGCCCGGCGACGACAAGUGGGCCCCCCUCCCUGUGGCGUCUGGCCCCCAUCACGCCCUGCUGUCUAAGUUGUCCUGAGUCCUGAACCCAUGGAGCAGGAAAGAGGUGGGUGGGCCGGUUGCCCACCACAGUUGUCUCCUCUUUCAUUCCAAGCUCUGGCCCUUCCUAAGACCCAAGAUGACUGCCUUAUUCUGGCUUAGUCUCUUUUGACUCGAUGAUUUUCAUGAUGAUAAGGGUUGUUUAGAGAAUUGGAGACUGGUUCAUAGUAGAUAAGCCUUUUCUUCCUUGAUUUACAUCUAUCUGCCUGCCUGCCUAUCUGUCUGUCUCCCUGUCCUCUAUGUAUCUGUCUGUCUUCUAUGUAUCUAUGUAUCUAUCUAUGUGUCUGUCUGUAUAUAUUUCUCCCUCCUUCUCUGUCUGUCACUGCCUUUCUGUCUCUGAUGGAGGCUGGGGCCCUGACCCCCUGCUUUGCACUUCUGUUUGUAACAUGAGGGGGUCUGUGUAUGUACAUGUGGGGAAGAGGCCAGUGGCUGAAACCGGGCAUCUCCCUCAGUUAUCCUACCUUAUUUUUCCAGAGUCUCCCAUUCAAGCUGGAGCUCAUCCAUUCAGCCAGGCUGAUUGGCCAUUGAGCUUCAGGGAUCUACCUGUCUCAACUCCCUCCCCACAAAGCACUUGAACUAGAGACCCAAACCUCCACUCCAGGCUUCUCUGGGGUUGCUGGGGAUUUGAACUCGGGUCUCCAUGCUUCCAUGGCAGAUCCGUGUCAUAUCAUGACUGAGCAGCAGUCUCUCCAGCCCCGCCUAAUCCUCCCCUUUAACAACAUGUAUGCACACACCCCCUUUGCUCAGGAACUAACAUCGUGGGGACGUGGGGCUGCCUGGAGGGUGUCUGUUAGUUCUCCCUGCUGCCUGGUAUCCCUACCCUCUCCUCAUCCCUGCUUGUGCCCUCUGCUGUGCUACUGCUGAGCCAUGGUGCAGGGUGAUGAGUCACCAGGACUCUGCAGUGACAAGCAAGCCAGCGAGAGCUGGCUCCGAGGAGGGGAGAGGUGGGGUCCACGAGGGAGGUCAGCCUUGCAGGGGGAGAAACCGCAGAAUGAAACUCGAGGUCACCCCACCCAUGCAGCCUCCCUUCAUCCCCUGUCACACACACAUGCACACAGGCAGACGCGUGCGUGUCCCCUGGUUACUAGACACUAGUGACUCAUCACUCUGAAGUCUACCUUUCCUCUCCUUAGGAGUCUGGCACCAAUGGCUUACUGCCUUCCCUCUCUGAGAGGCACGGGCCAAGCAUCCGCACUACCUACCCCUGGAAAUCAGGGUUCCCCCUGCUCCUCCCGCCCCACCCAGCUUCAUACCUCUAACCCAUGGGUUCUGAAGCUGCUCACCUCCUCCCCCAGUUCCUAGCUUUAGACUCUGGGUGAUGAUGAACUUGGCCUCUUCUACCCUCCUUGCCACUGUGGGUGCUGGGAAUGGUGUCCUGAGGCCCGUACCCCCUGAGGACUUGCAGUGCUCCAGCCUUGGGCUCAUAUCAGCUUCUCUCCCCCCACCCCUGUGUGUGUCUGCUCUUCCCCUGACUCCGAUUCCGUCAUCUCGCCCACCCUGUCUACCCUUCCUGGUGUCUGCGUCACCCCUGUCUGUCUCAGGAGGAUGAGUCGCCGCGCAGUGUCCUGGAGGAGAUGGGCCUGGCAUAGCCCCGUCAGCCAGCGGGGGGCCCUGUGGAACCGGGGGAAGACAAGACAAGAGACAGCACUUGGGGCUGUUUCCUCUCACCUCUCCCCCAGACCCCUUCUCGUGGAGGGACCCGGCCGCUUUUCCUCGGCCACCUCACCUACUUAGAAGGAGCUGUGGCUCCAGCCCUACAUACAAACAUUCCCUCCCUCCAGGUCUUCCUCCCCCACCACCGUCCGUUCCCACUGAAGGCUUUAGGGGCUAGAAGGGAGGGGAAUGUGACCGGAUGGGGAUGCCCAGUGGCUUUCAUUCUCCUUCCUUUGAAGAAGCAAUGGCAACCCCAGCCGUCCUUCGUCCUCCCUGUGUCCCGAAUUGCUGUAAAUAUAUAAAUAUGUCAGGUUAAAGGGAAAAGGUUUCCAGGGCUCUUUUCUCCCCUCUGCCCCCAAACCUACCUCCAUCCCUCCCCAGAACCAGUCAGGGCAGCCUCUCUGCCUCGGAGGGAGGGGCUUUCUUCUCCUGGGCCCCACUUCCUCCUGGGCUCAGUGUCUAGCCAGAGCCAGGGGAGGAGCCACACAGUUAAUGUUUUUCUAACCUUGCUACUUGGAGGGAAGGGAAGGUUGGGGAAGGACCUGCUUUCUGGGACACUGACCCUGUCCCCCUUCCUCCUCUCCACGUUAUGGGUGUGGCAGGAGCCAAGCGGGUGGGGUGGGCCAAGUGGCUGCCUUUAUUUCCUUUCUUCUGAAAUAAAAGGAAAAAGUGUUUCUGGA